UUUGGAGUUUGAUAUGAUGAUUAGGGAAUAACCGCAGUGACACGUCGCAAACUCCCCACCAGCAAGGAGACCUCUUUCCCGGGGGGCCACCUCCAAAAUCGCUCAGUGAGCACCCCUAAUUAACCUGAUUUUUUGCUGAUAAUCACUCCCAAAUGGAAUCAAAUCACAAAUCCGGGGAUGGAUUGACCGGCACACAGAAAGAAGCCGCCCUGCGUGCGUUAAUUCAGCGAACGGGAUAUAAUUUGAUCCAGGAAAACGGGCAGAGGAAAUAUGGGGGACCACCACCGGGCUGGGAUGGCCCUCCACCAGAGAGGGGCUGUGAGAUCUUCAUUGGGAAACUGCCCCGAGACCUCUUUGAGGAUGAACUUAUCCCCCUCUGUGAAAAGAUUGGCAAAAUCUAUGAGAUGAGGAUGAUGAUGGACUUCAAUGGCAACAACAGGGGCUAUGCCUUUGUGACCUUCUCCAAUAAACAGGAGGCCAAGAAUGCAAUAAAGACACUCAAUAAUUAUGAAAUCAGGAAUGGGAGGCUCCUGGGCGUGUGUGCCAGCGUGGACAACUGCCGCCUGUUUGUGGGGGGCAUCCCCAAAACCAAGAAGAGGGAGGAGAUCCUGGCAGAGAUGAAGAAGGUCACGGACGGCGUCGUGGACGUCAUCGUCUACCCCAGCGCGGCCGAUAAAACCAAAAACAGGGGCUUUGCCUUUGUGGAGUACGAGAGCCACCGGGCAGCAGCCAUGGCCAGGAGGAAGCUGCUCCCAGGAAGGAUCCAGCUGUGGGGACACCCCAUUGCUGUGGACUGGGCAGAGCCAGAGGUGGAGGUGGAUGAGGACACCAUGUCCUCAGUGAAGAUCCUGUACGUGAGGAAUCUCAUGCUCUCCACCACCGAGGAGACCAUAGAGAAGGAGUUCAACAGCAUCAAACCAGGUGCAGUGGAGAGAGUAAAGAAAAUUAGAGACUACGCCUUUGUGCACUUUAAUAAAAGAGAACACGCAGUGGAGGCCAUGAAAGCCUUGAAUGGGAAGGUGCUGGAUGGCUCCCCCAUCGAGGUGACCUUGGCCAAGCCGGUGGACAAGGACAGCUACGUGAGGUACACGCGUGGCACGGGUGGCAGGGCCCCGGUGCUGCAGGGGGACUACACCUACACCACCCUGGGCCACCUGUACGACCCCGCCACCGCCUACCUGGGCGCCCCGGUCUUCUACGCACCCCAGGCCUACGCGGCCAUCCCCAGCCUGCACUUCCCCGCCGCCAAGGGGCUCGGCAGCAGGAGCGUCCUCCGGCCCCCCUCAGUCCGAGAAAUUUACAUGAAUGUACCUGUAGGGGCUGCGGGCGUCCGAGGCCUGGGAGGCCGCGGCUACCUGGCGUUCCCGGGCCUGGGCCGCGGAUACCACCUCAAGGGAGACAAGAGGGGAGAGGAGAAGCUCUACGACCUCCUGCCAGGGAUGGAGCUCACCCCCAUGAACCACGUCACGCUAAAGCCCCAAGGGAUCAAACUUGCCCCUCAGAUCUUAGAAGAAAUCUGCCAGAAAAACAACUGGGGACAGCCUGUGUACCAGCUCCACUCUGCCAUUGGCCAGGAUCAAAGACAGCUCUUCCUCUACAAAAUCACCAUCCCUGCCCUUGCCAGCCAGAACCCCACCAUACACCCCUUCACACCGCCCAAGCUCAGCGCCUACAUCGACGAGGCCAAGACCUACGCGGCAGAGUACACACUGCAGACCCUGGGCAUCCCUGUGGAGGGGGCAGAGGUGCCUCCUGCAGCACCAGCCUUCCCAGGAUACACCAUUGCUAACGCAGCUGCCACUGUCACAGCCACUCAGCUCAAGCAAGCAGUGACACUGGGACAAGAUUUGGCCACAUAUGCCACCUACGAAGCCUAUCCUGCCUUCGCUGUCGCCGCACGGAGCGACGGCUACGGAGCCUUUUAACCAAAUUCCCUUAAACCCAGCACAGGCAGAAAGGCAAAGAAAAACAAUCUCAGUCUGGUAAUUCAACACCCUCAUGAUUUUAAGCUAAUCUCUGGCCUAAGGUGAAUUUCAGUCAGAGUUUCAGCCUUGUAGGUCUUUAGUUUUGUGACGGGGCAGGGGGGGAGGAGAAAUUUUUUUUUAAUGGUGCAAAAUCAGAUUUUCACACUAGAAAGCAAAAUCUCAGCCCAGGAAAUGAGAGGUUCUCAGGUGUAUAUAUAUAUUUUUAUAUGUAUAUAUAUUUAUACACCUAUUGUGUGUGUGUUUACAAGCAACAACCUGUGCUGAAAGCAGUUGGUCCCGUGGCUGUUGGGACCGGGACUGGGGAAGGAUGGGGUGGCCCAGCAAACCCCUCUGUGCACCAGGAAUUCUCCUGCAUCCACCCCAAAGUUUCCCAGGCCAGGCAGAGCAGAGGUGCCCCUUGGCCACAUGAGUUUGCCUCUCCCUGCCCCUGAUCCCCUCAUGCUCAAGGCUCUUUGAAAUUCUCCUUUGCCAAGGCAAAAAACCAUUUAUCCUAAACAUUUUUGCCCAGCCCAAGAGGCUAAUUUUUAACAGGCUUCCAUGCUAAUUUUAUUUUUAAAGCAGGGCACAAGAAUUCAGUAGAGCUUUCACUCUUACUUUGCUCCCUCCCAGCCAUAUCCAAAAAUCAGCAAAUACUGGUAUAUUUUUUGUGUGCUUCUCAUCAAAUGGCACAUUCACUGAAGAAUUGGGAAACUUUUAAGCCUGAGGAGCAGAAAAGUGCUAUUCAUUAAGGCUAAUUCCCUCCUUAAUUAGAGCACGAGAGCUCCCAGCCAUGGCCUAGUAAUAGCAGGCACCUCGGCAGGAAUAAAAUUAUAUCCAAAGAACAUUUUCCCAGGUUGGACAGAGCCCCGCCUGGCUUUACACAUUAAAUCAGGGUUGCUGCCUGCUCUGAUUCCAGCAAAAAUUAAUUUAGUGGAAGAGGUUUCAUGCCAACAGUAAAGGCACCUCUUAAUUUGGAGAGCACCAGAGUUGGUGUUGUGUUUGACCCCUUUGGGGAUGCUGAGAGCAUCCUUUGGUGUACAGCAGGGGCAUUAUCCAUUUAUUUUUGCAAUGAUGCUAUGGAGAUAUAGGAGGAAUCCAGUGCUGGAUAACUACAGCAGACAUAUUAGUCCUAUAUCAUAAAUCCUACAUGGUGGUGCACACUAAGAAGACUUGAAUUUAUUCAGUCUAGGACCAAAAGAACCCUUUGGGGAGGAAGAAUUUCCAGCUGGGUUGAUGACACCCACCAGCUCUGGGCCCAGAUUUUACAGCUGCUUUAGAUGCUGUGAUGUGGCAGAGUAGAAGCCAUUCCAAGGGGAGCUUUUCCUGUGCAUCCCCCAAGCUGUGCAAAGCACCAGGGUCUGUGACAAGAUGGUGAUUGCAGCAACCAAGUGUUUCUUUCCUCUUCUGACUCAACUUCCCCCGGAAUGGAACAAACCCCAUCAGCUGUACAGUCUGAGAUCCCAUUAGACCCCUCCUAUUUAUGAAGUAGCUGGUUAGGGUGACCCUAAAGGUAUUACAAGCCCUCUGUGGCUGCUGCUGGCCACGUUUGGCUUUGCAGCAAAGGACAAACCUGGUCACAGAGGGCCAAAUAACCAAGAGUGUUAUGGAUUUCAUGGCUUUUUUCUUUUUCUUUUUUUCUCUUCUGUAUAUGUCUUUAAGUGGUGUUUGCCAACGAGGAAUAUAGCCAGGAGAGUCUCUCAAACCGUUGGCAGGAAGUGUUUUUCACUUUCCAUGUUCAGUCAGUUUAGUCUGCUUUUUCAGCUAUUUAUAUAAGUUCAGAAAGAUGUCAAAGCAAAGGGCAAGAAGCAGUAUUAAAAAUGUGUGCAUGAAGCACUUAUUUUUGUACGAGUAGUACAAGGUUUGUAUAGAGUUUUAACACUGUGAAGUGUAGCGAAAAAUCACAAUUUCCAUUUACUGGAGGACAAUCAUGUAUGUUUGAAGGGAAUGAAGGGGAAAAUGGCAUCUCAAUCAUCCAUUACAAAUUAGAACCAGGACUAAAUUCUGUGAAGCAACUCUGUGAUUUUAGAGUAAUCCGAGGACAUUCACUGGACUUUGAAAUAUCAUUAAAACUUUUUAAACACAA